CCUCCUCCAUCACCUCCCCGCGAGUUACGCGCACAGUGCAGCCCGGCGGUGCAGUCGGCUCAGCCCUGCCCGGCCUCGCUCCCCGCUGUCCCCCGCCGCCGGGAUGCUGCCGGGUACCGCGGCCGGGCGCUGAGCCCGGGCAGCUCCGCCGCCCCUACUGCAGCCCCGGGCGGGUGAAUCGCGCUGCGGGUCACCUUGCAGGGAGGAGGAGGAAAAUGGAGGCCACUGCCCCUGUGUGACCUGUAUCUACACUACAGCAUAAUACAGACCACCAUCCAGCUCUCUGACACCUCCCAGUAUGGAUGGUUUGAUUGAGCAGAACAGUGUGCACAUGCACAAUAAGAUCUCUGAGGCUGGGAAAAGGAAUGGUUUAAUUAACACAAGGAACUUAGUAGCGGAGAGCCGAGAUGGUCUGGUGUCGGUGUACCCAACCCCACAGUACCAGAGCCACCGAGCAGGGAGUUCCCCGAGCUGCCUGGAGAAUGGCAGGAAUGACCCCGUGCAGCAGCUCCUGGAUCCCAACAUGCUGCAGCAGACCGUGGAGUCCCAUUACCGUCCCAACAUCAUCCUCUACUCAGAGAAUGUUUUGCGCUCCUGGGGUGAGAGCAUCAACUCAGAGUGCUGCGAAACCACCUUCAUCGAGGACCGCUCCCCUACCAAGGACAGCCUGGAGUACCCAGACAGCAAGUUCAUCGAUCUCUCAGCCGAUGACAUCAAGAUUCACACCCUCUCCUAUGAUGUGGAGGAGGAGGAUGAUUUCCAGGAGCUAGAGGAGAAUGAAGGAAGAAGAAGAUGAGGCAAUGUCUGGGGAAGGACCUACUUGACUGGAAUUGCUUGAAGCCUCUCCUUCUAGCCCAUUUUCAGUCUGCAUUUCAGUGCUGUGCAGCCAGCCCAGUGCAGUGCUGUGGUUUUCACAUUUCUUCAAGAACCAGACUGAUAUGAGCAAGUUGCUGAGCAGCUGUGCUCAGCAGGAGGGUUCUCAGCAUGUGGAGUAACUGGUGGCAAUCCAGGAAGGCCCAGACUCUGCAGUUGGUACUACAGGAAAAUGAGGAGAGAAAGAGAGAUGUGCUCAACAGAACAAGGCCUGCAGAAAGGGUUAACUGCUAUGUUGUGCUCCUCUGGUCUUCACCUGGACAGAUGCUGUAGAAACAGGACUGGAUACAUAAGGGACACCUGGGUUUGGAUAGUACAGAGGUUGGCUAGAGACAUAGCUGCACAUCCUUUUCCUUUUUUCCAAGAAUGGGAAAAAAUCGUCUGAGGGCAGCAGUCACUGAGUGAAGAAAUGAACCAUGCUGGAUCAUUAACUACAUAAAAAAUGGCUUAUCUGUUAGAAUGAGAAAUACAGCAUCUGAAUCAUGCAGCAUGCAUCUGGUCCAGUAGCUUUUUUCCCACCCAUUACUGACAAGAAGCAAAUGCUUUUUUAAAAUCCUAAUGCACUCAAAGUGGAGUGAAAAGGUUCAGUACAUGGAUUGGGAGCGGAAGUUAGGAGAACAGUAAGAGAGGGUAAUACAGGAGAGUUGUGUAGAGUUUUGCUUCCUCACUGUUGAGACUCAAAGGAUUUGUUUCCUUCAUCCAUUUGUUCAAAUCAUUGGUGUUUUCAACAACCUGCCUGCAAGGAGGCAUCUUAUUCCUCUCCCCAAGCCUGGGGACUCUGAAAAAUCCCCAGUGUGGCAGGGGAGCAGGAGACAUGCAAUGGAGUGAUCCUGACAUUCACUGGCUGCUGCACUGUGGGCACAUGUAACUUUUGCACUUCCUUGCCAGCAGUGUUCCUCAGGUCCUGGAAUGUAAUGGUAUUCAGACUGCAUAUGGAAAUCAUCACAGUCUGCAAAGAAAACCAUCUCUGAAACAGCUCUUAUUAGUGCACAUACACCCCCAUUUUGCUCCAGCAUUUAUCAGGCUUGAAAGCAGAAUGCUGUGUGUUCUGUCAAAGAUUUAAACUUCUUUCUCUGCCCAUUCUUGAAAUACGAUUCCCUACUUGGGUAUCUCUGGAACUCUUACGAAUAUCUUAUGAGUCCUUUACAUCACAAUUAAUAGGAAGCCAACUUGUCAAAUGUGGUGGCAGUGAAAUAUGUAAUAUCUAAUCGUUCCUAGCUGAAAUAUCCUCCUGUUAGAGCUCAUAUAGUGCUAUCCAGAAACAACUUUUGUCAUAUUAAUGUACUGGCUACUCUUUCUCUUGGCCCCUGUAUAGAUAGCUUAUUUAGAGAAAACCAAGCUAUUGAUAGCAGAAAAUUGAAUUAUUCAUAUGUGUCACAUAAAAGAAUGCACCUCAGCUCUAUGAUUCUCUUAAACCUCUUUUUCUCCAACAAUGUCUGAAAUGGUCUCUGGAAAGUGAAAUAAAUGGAAUCUUCUGGGGAGUAAAAGAAGAAAAGAAAUAUCUGGCUUUCAAGCUAAGUCUUCCUUUCCCCCCCCCCCUCCCUUUCUCUAUGAAUUGUCAGCUGCUUCUGUGAGAACUCAUCCCUUUGACAUGAGCAUAAAAGCACAAAGAUGGAAAGUGGAUCCUAAGCCAUGUCUUGCUCCAUCUUA